AUGGUUGUAUCAAGGAGAGGAUGUAGCUUGAUCAUCUACAUUUCCUCCAAGGGGAAUAACGGAUCGCUGGAAGAAUCCAAGGAGGAACCUGAAGAGGACCCCGAGGAGGAGUCUGAAGAGGAACCCGAGGAAGAACCCGAGGAGGAAUCCGAAGGGGAACCUAAGGCGGAAGCCGAAGGCGGACCUACCGAGCCAGUGGUGGACCAGGAGGAGGAAGAAGCCGAAGGAGGUUUCGAGGAGGAACCUAGCGAAGACGAAGGUGGGGAUUCGGACGCAGAGUCCGAAAUCAUCAACCCCUCUUUUCCGGUUAGGGUGCCCGCUUAUCGGGUAAGCCCCACUGCUCCUACACCCCCCCGGGGUAUCGACCUUUGGAGGUGGAGCAGGCAACAGGGACAGCGACCCCCAUUUGGCAUGUCAUGCAAGUUCUAUGACCUGAGGUAUGGAGGAUCGGCCGAUCAUGCUCUUCCGGUCAUGGUGAGACGAUUGCGAAACACUGGCGACUUAGCCAAGAGCACCGCCGAUCAGAUGCACCAGAUGCGGACGAGGGUCGAGCGUGCGGAGCAGGAAACGUGA